UUCUCCUUCUGCACAGCAUUUCACACUGUGACAGUGCCUGUGUGUGAGAGAGAAGGAGAAUGGAUAAGUCCAGGAAAGCAUUUGUUGAUCUCGUAGAUAAGGCACUAGCAGCUGCCAGCUCAAUGCAUCGUGAUGAGCUGCUUUUUUCUUACAAGGGAAUUCUGUACCCUACCACUGUUUGCAGUCUUGAGGUAUUCAAAGCCUUGGAGUCUUUUGAAGCUAGAAGGGAUGAUGUAAUUUUGGCAGGAUACCCUAAAUCUGGCACCAACUGGCUGAGUCAAAUCUUAACUGACCUGAUAGCCAUAUCCCAAAAGAAAACACCGGGUGGGGAAAGCAGUGCAAAUGCUGAAGAAGAAUUCCCCUACCUCGAAGUUGGAGAUACUGAGAAAUAUGAGCGAAUGACCAAAUUACCAUCUCCAAGAUUUAUGGUUACUCAUCUCCGUCCUGAAAAUCUUCCCAAGUCUGUCUUCCAAAGGAAAGCUAAGAUAUUGUUACUGAUUCGUAAUCCGAAAGAUGUAGCUACAUCUUUUUAUCAUUUUUGCAAUGGCCUGGCUACUCUUCCCUCCUAUGAGACCUGGGAUGAUUUCUUCACAGAUUUCAUGACAAAGAAAAUGGCCUGGGGAUGCUACUUGGAAUAUCUUUCUGAAUGGAACAAAUAUGUUGAUCAAGAAAAUAUUAUGACAGUAACUUAUGAAGAGGUGAAAGAGAAUCGUGCCCUGGCUGUGAAAAACAUAGCUACAUUCUUUGGAAUUCCUCUGACUGAGGAAGAGCUCCAGCUUGUGGUAGAGAGGAGCAGCUUCCAGUCUAUGAAGAAAAAGUCAGACAAGACCCAUGGCGCAGUGGGCAAUGUUCUGUUUCGCAAAGGUUGUGUAAGUGACUGGAAGAAUCUUUUCAGUGAAGAUCAGAAUGAGAAAAUGGACAAAGCAUUCGAAGAACGUAUGGCAGGAACGAAACUCGGGAAAAAGCUGAAGUAUGAUGUGUACUGCAAAGCCUGAAGAGUAAUGAAAAGUGGUUAGACCAAGAACUUUGCAAGGCAGACUCCAAUCAUCUGAAUGCUGUAUAAGAGAAAACUAAAUCAAACGAUGCAAGCACCUUAGGAUUACUGUAAGAACCAUUGCAGCAGCCUUUACAGUGACAGCGAGGAGUAAUGGCCUUUUGUUUCAUGGGGAGAUCUUUAGCUACAGCCAUUUCCUGAAGAAGAUGUCAACUAAUCAUGUUUACAAAAUACUCAACAGCCCUGUUCUAGUUGUCAGCUGGAAGGAAAUGCCCCUUUUCUUUCUAGCGAAAUUCUAUCAUUCUAGACUACUGAUAAUCAUUUAGUAAGCAGAUUAUUUUUUUCUUCAAAAAUGUUUCAAAUUGGGCAACAUCUUCACAGAAAGUAUCACUAGCAAAACGAGGGAUAUGACAGAAGCCUAAUGACAAAGGAGAUCUUGCAUGAAUUCAGCACAAACUAAAUCAAAGCUGGAGGGAGGAGAAAGAAGGGGAAUGUGGAUCAGAAUUCUUAAGGCUUUUCAUCUCUCAGACUGCAAAAUGUCAAGACGGAUUUCAGAUUAUGGGCUGAUGUUAACAGGCAAGAUUCUCUCAGAGGCAUUGCUUUUUAUAGGAUCACAGAGCAGCCCAGGUUGGAACAGACCUUGAAAAAUCUACUGGCACAUCUUUUCAUGAGAAAGGGAGCCUAGAUGCGAUUCUCUCUAGAUAUCAUAUCAUGACAACCUCCAGCUAUGGGGAUUCUACCACAUUCCUGGAUGUAUUCGUCCAGCGAAUGAUUGUUGUUGCCAUAAAGAAUUUACUUCAUGUAUCAAGAUGAAACGUCUCCUGUGUCAACCUGAACCCACUGCCUGUUUCCUUCUCCGAGUGGUGUCUCAUGAAUAGGGAGCAUUUAUCCUCUUUUGUAGCUGCCCUUUAAGUCCUGGAACCUGCACUGGAAACUCAGGUUGUCCCUGAACCUUCUAAACUUCCUGGUCCUGCCUUGGAACCCCUGUGUUUUGUCUGUGUCUUUCUUGAAAAUGCCUCUCCUGAGACAGUGAGAUUGUCAAGAGUGAUGGUGCGAGACAUUGCUGCACCCAGCUCUCUUAUACUGCCGUUGGCAUUUGCCUCUGUAGACACAGUAUUUCAGACUUGUCCUGGGACCUGUUCUGGAAAAAAAGGCAAAAUCAGGUUCUGUGAGUGUAGCUGGACUAAAACCAGGAGAAACCCCACCCAAUUUAUAGGUCCAUCACCUAAGCAGAUAAGAUGUAAAAAUAAAGAUAGAGUUGUGAAGAAUAAAAUAUUCAAAAGCUGUUUGUUUCAUUCUUCUAAAGCUGGUUGGUUCUGCCUGGACAUAAGUGGACCCGCAGAGUAUUGUAAAGAAAUAGGAAUGCUAGAAGUAAUGCUUCAAAUAUUUAGAAAAAAUGAAUGGAUUCAAAAGCAGAGAACCAGGAAGUCCUGUGGCAAGCCAUCUUUGAACAAUUCCAAGUUAUCUGUAAGCAACCAGAAAGGUACCAGAUUCCUGGAGAUCAUAGGUGAUAGCAGUGUUGAAAAUCCUGAGAAGGAAGAACCAAAAUAGAACAAUCACCUUAACUUGAUACAUAGAAAUGGAGUUGCAAAAAUGACAAAGCAACUGCCCAUGGAAGACUGUGAAGAUAAUGAAAUUGUAAAUAUAAAUCACGCUAAAGAAGGUUGUGAUUAUUCUUAAGUUAAGUUACCUGUUGAAUAAGCCACUGACAGAAAAAACAAGAGGUGUCAGCAUCGGGGAUGACCUGAAAUUAUGUGACUAAAGAGACACAAAUUGAUGUGGAGAUGGCAAUGUAGAAAGGUUAUAGAAAUGAAAGUUCUGCAAGUAGACUGGGAAUGUUCUUGGAAAUUCACAAACAGCAAUAAGAGCCAUUCCAGGAGCACUGUCAGCAGCAGCAAUACUUUCAGAAACAUGCACUUGUUCACAUGGAUGUGGGAUUGCAUUUUAUGGAAAUGGUUUGCUCUGGCUCACCCCUGGAAAAUGUAUGGUUUAUCCCAAGUCUGUACCCUCCCUGCAGUAUCCUGCAUCUGUAACCUCAUUGGCUGGAGAAUGUUACCGCGCCCCUUUGAACCUCUGUGAUAAGAACGCCAAGGCAGAAGGCUCUGCCCCUCU